CCCAUCGAUAUCACGGAAAAUCUUUUCUUCGCUAUUUUCGGCCAGAAGGACUCGGACGACUUCAUGGUAUCGUUAAAACGAAAGAUGCAACCGAGCUGGACAAUAUAUUUAUUUAAGGUAUCUUUCUCUCUGUACAUGUUGGUUAGCGUCAUAGUACUCAUCAAUCUGUUGAUCGCGAUGAUGUCCGACACGUACCAAAAUAUUCAAUCUCAGAGCGACAUCGAGUGGAAGUACGGGCUCAGCAAACUCAUUCGCAAGAUGCAAAAAACACAAACUGCGCCUUCACCUCUAAACCUCGUUACGUCCUGGAUCGCGUAUCUUGGAAAACCAUGCAAAAUACGAAACGAGGGACGUAAACCGGGAGUGAUGCGCCUAUUUACAGGACGUUCGUUUAUUCAGGACAAUGGAAUAUCACCUCAACAAUGCGACGCCAUUCAUUUUCCAUUACUUCGUACGAGUCCAUUGGAAAGUCAAUUAUCUUUAAAGGAUUCGACGAGAAUUGAAAAUAUUGUCGACUGGGAUAUCGUGAGACGAAAAUAUAGGGUACGAUUUGGAAGUGAGAUCGAAAAGCCUCCUUCAGAAGAUGCGUCUACCGCCGAUGGAAACGCUUAAACAAUUUUAUAUAAACUUU